ACGUGUCAACGAAGCAUUACACGGUUCCCUCCUGCGCACAAGAUUUUCGCCUCUUACGCACUUCAGCAAAAUCCCAGCUCAGCUCCCGUAUUCUUCGUUUCUACGUCUCUUCGCAACUCCAGAACUUCGUUUCUCUCCGUUCUCUGUCGCUAGGAAGAGCAAAAUGAGUGCGGCAUUGGAUUUUUUAUCCAUCAAAAACGCUAACCCUAGCUUCUCUGGUUCCUUUCCCAUGAAGAGACUUCUCUCUAAUUGUGCGCCGUUUGCUUCGUGUACAUCAUCGAAGGUAAGACCGGACUCUAUGUUUAGGCUUCGUAGUUGCGGAGUUCCUGCUGUUGCUCGAUGUGUUGUUCCAACGGGACACUGCGCUGGUUUUGUUUCUUUGGACAGUAGAAGGUCGUGCAAUCGAAUUGUUGUUGCUUCUGCAGCUUCUCACGAGGAAUCGCAUUCAGAAAUUGAAGUCGAAAAGGAGAAUGAUAAUGCGAAAAAGCAGGUUGAGGAAUCAGAAGAAGCAUGGAAACAGACUCUAGAAUCCUUCAAAGAACAAGCUUUAAAGAUGCAAAGUGUAUCCAAAGAAGCUUAUAAGAUAUACUCUAAGAAAGCAAUUUUCAUUUUAAAAGAAACUUCAGAGCAGCUGAAAGUUCAAGCAGACAAGGCAAGACAUUAUUUGAGAGUACUAGCUUUUGAAAUCAGUGAAGAUGGUAAAGAAUAUUUGUCGACAGCUGUGGAGAAUUCCCCUGAACCAGUAAAGAAGGUUGUUGAAACAUUUACUUCCUCGGCUGAUGAUUGGAACAAUGUUUCUAAGCUCCGUGAAUUUCAUCUUGGAAUACCAUAUGGUUUGGUUCUCUCUGUUGGUGGAUUUCUUUCCUUUAUGCUCACAGGCAGCAUUUCUGCCAUUAGAUUUGGUGUUAUUCUCGGUGGUGCUCUCUUGGCUUUAAGCGUACAGAGUUUAAGAUCAUAUGAGAGAGGAGAACCUCAUGAUAUAGCUCUGAAAGGCCAGGCAGCGAUAGCAGCUGUGAUAUUCCUAAGGGAGAUCAGCUUCCUAUCUCAGAGACCGUCAUUUCUUACCUGCUUUCCUGUGUUCAUCAGUGGUGCAGCGAUGGCAUUUUAUGUAUAUAAAAUGACAUUGAAUCGUAAGCAAAGCAAAGGAUCAGACUUGCAACAUGGUUCAGAGAAUUAAGUCAGUCUCAGGAGCCAAUCUCUUCAUGCUUCGGUAGCAGUUUGACUUAACCGGUUGAUGCACUGUUUAAGUAUGGUGUUUACAGAAUCAGGGCUGUUACGACAACUCCGUUCUGGUUUGAACCUGUGUGUUGUCCUGGAGGGAGCUAAAAUAAUCUGGUGAAUUUUUACUUUCACUCCUUAUGUUACAAAGAAUAUAGUUCCACUGAGGAAGAGGUUUAAGACCAAAAAAUUUAUCUUGAAUUUCUGAUAAUUAUUGAUUGAUCUGGGUUUUGAAAACUUAAUUGAACAUAUGGAACUUCGGUUUUUCAUGCA